AUGAGUGCGUCGUCGUCCUUCUCGUCUGUUGUUCGAAAGAGGUUCUUACAAAAAUCUUCUUCUCUAUUUUCCUCCUCUUUCCUGACUCGAAUUCUCCCCGGGAGUGUUAAAAAUGGUGUUUGUGCUUCUUCGUUUAAAGAAAUACGAACAACAACAACAACAACGACCGCGACGACGAUUCCGUCGUUUUUCGUUCAAAGAAAGAGUGAGAACAAUUGGUGUCGGCCGUGCUUGGUGACGAUUGAGAAUUUCAACUCGCCUUCAUCGUCGUCCGCCUUCAGAAGAUCGUACGCUUCGUCUUCCACAGAAUUAAUGACUUCCAGAACAAGUCCGACUGAAAGCGCACAACGAAACAACAAGGAGAAGAAGAAGAAAAAUAAGAAGAAGAAAAAAAGUUCGACGACGACGACGACUUCAAAAACAAAAGCGGAAUUGGAGGAGUUGAAAACGUUGAUGGAUAUGAAAAAACCUGGUAAAUGGUAUCCUUUGGCGCGGACUAUGCAACGUGAAAUCAUUUUACACGUCGGUCCGACAAACUCCGGGAAGACGCACGCGGCCAUGGAGCGCUUGAAGCGAGCGUCAUCGGGGGUGUAUUGUUCGCCUUUACGUCUGCUCGCUUGGGAAAUUUCCGAGUCGCUGAAUAAGUUUGGCACGAAAUGUGACUUAGUUACUGGUCAAGAAUUGAAAAGAGUAGAAAAUGCGGAACACAUAGCGUGUACGGUAGAAAUGGUAGACGUGAACAAAGUUGUCGAUUGCGCGGUUAUAGACGAGAUACAUCUUAUCGGGGAUGAUUUUCGCGGGUACGCGUUCACGCGAGCGUUACUAGGUACACCCGCGCUGGAGGUGCAUCUUUGUGGCGACACUUCCUGCGUAGAAUUGAUUGAAAAGAUAUGCAAGGAUACCGGCGAUAAGCUGAGAAUACGAAACUACGAGCGCUUGAGUCCUUUAAACGUUGCCGAGGAACACUUUUCGAAGAAACGUUUGGAGCAAAACAUUGAGAAAGGGGAUUGUUUUGUCGCAUUUUCGAGAAAGGCGGUGUACGCGCUGAAGAGCGAAAUCGAGAGAAGAGUGCCCUUGAGAGCGUGCGUGAUUUACGGAGGAUUGCCUCCCGAGGCGCGAUCGAGGCAAGCAGAAUUGUUCAAUAAGCCGGAUUCGGGAUACGACUUGUUAAUCGCGAGCGACGCCAUUGGUAUGGGAUUGAAUCUGAACAUUCGACGCAUUAUUUUUAACGAAUUAACAAAGUUUGACGGAGUAGAAAUUCGACAGCUGUCGAGUCCAGAGGUGAAACAAAUUGCAGGCAGAGCUGGACGGUAUAAAAUGUCUUACUACGAUAAAGGAGGUGGAGUUGUGACGACGACGGACGAUGGCAUGGUUCUUGAUGGUAAUAGAAAAAAUGGCGAUAACGCGAAAAGUGAUAUCAUAAAAAGUAGCGGAGUAUCUGGUUUACAAUUCAUACAAAAUCAACUUAAUGCUCCUGUAGAAGCUUUGAAAACUGCGGGUUUAGCACCAACGUUUGAGCAAAUACUCGAGUAUUGCUCUAAAGUUGAAGGUGCGACUUUGGAGGAUGCAAUGAAAGCGUUAUCGUCGGAUGCAAUAGUUCCGAAAUAUUACAAGAUGCGCAAGAGCGAUGAAGUUAUUCGAUUGGCAAAGUAUUUAGAAAACCUUGGCAUGGAGAUUGAGGAUCAUUACACGUUCUCCGUAUCACCCACGAGUGUUGAUUGUCUGCACAGUAUGAAGACGUUGAUGAAUUUUGCAAAGGCGUUCCUAAACGAAGGUCACGUGAGCGUAAAGUUGAUUCCAAAGUCAGUCAACAAACACGAUAGAAAGUCUAGAGCAGAUGCGCAGACGCGCAUGAACCAACGAAGUGUGGGCAUCUUGGCUACUUUGGAAGAGCAACACCGAGCGUACGAUUUAUAUUUAUGGUUCGCGAGGCGAAUGAGCGCGCAGUUUCCAGAGUAUAGCCUCGCCGAAGCGUUACGAGUCAUGUGCGCACAUUCGAUUGAUGCUGAACUCCAGAAACUAUCUACAACAGCUACCAUUGAAAGUAACUCAAGGAAGAAAAAGAGCGAAAAGAAGGAAGAGGGUUCGAGCAAGCCGGUUAAACAAAUUGAGGAGCUUGAUAGAAAAAUUCUCCGCUCUGCGAUAAAUCGGGUAAACGAGGAAAGGAAGAAUUUGUCUCUCUUAUCGAAGCCAGCGACAACGAAAAAAGCAACAACAACGACAUCGAGGCAGCACUAG